AUGUCAAUGGAGUUGGAUACCCCAGUCCCCAUGGUGGGACUACAAGAUCAGCAGAAUAGUGCUGCGACUAUUCUUUGCUGUAACUGCGGUGCUGCCAUUGAUGGAACCACUUCUGCUGGAGCAAUGUGCCAUGAUUGCCUGAGGCUCAACGUCGACGUUUCCCAAGGCCCCCCACCAGCUGGGUGGUCGCAGCCCCCCGAAUCAAAGGAACUACUUGCGGUCUGUCUGCGCCGUCUUCGUGGCUUGGCGAAAGUCCGCAUCAUCGAUGCCAGUUUCAUCUGGACUGAGCCACAUUCGAAGCGCAUUAAAGUCAAAAUCACAAUCCAGCAGGAAGUAUUCCAGGGUACAAUCAUCCAACAAGCAUUCGAGGUUGAAUACGUCGUGGCCUCCCAACAAUGUCCCGCGGUGCAAGUUCGACAGAAAGUGCCCCAUAAGCGCACUUUCCUAUACCUAGAGCAGCUUAUCCUGAAGAGUGGCGCUCACAAAGAUACGGUCAAUAUCAAAGAGGCAAAGGAUGGUCUCGAUUUCUACUUUUCGGCGCGCAAUCACGCGGAGAAGAUGGUCGAUUUCCUCUCUUCAGUCGCCCCUUGCAAGUCGCAGAAGUCAGAGGAGCUGAUAUCUAUGGAUAUCCACACCAGCUCUCGAAAAUUCAAAUUCACGUUUUCCGUGGAAUUGAUCCCUAUCUGCAAGGACGAUCUUGUCGCUCUACCUAUCAAACUCGCCCGUCAGCUAGGAAACAUCUCGCCCCUCACAUUGUGCUACCGCGUUGGGAACUCCGUUAACGUUCUGGACCCGACCACACUUCAAACUGCGGAUAUCCCAACAGCCAUUUACUGGCGAUCUCCGUUUAGGAACCUAUCCGAUGUCACAGAGCUAAAGGAGUUUAUCGUCUUGGACAUCGAGCCUACCGGCCAGUCAAAGGGCAAAUUCCACCUCGCCGAAGCAACCGUCGCGCGUUCCUCAGAUUUGGGCUCUAACGAUAUCACCUACUUCACCCGUACGCAUCUCGGUGGCAUCCUUCACGUCGGUGACGCCGUGCUUGGCUACCAUCUCAGCGGCACUAGGUUCAACGAUGACAACUUCGAGGCCAUUGAGGCGAGCAACCAGUACGGCUCCACAAUCCCUGAUGUGGUUCUCGUCAAGAAGUCCUAUGCCCGUAAGAGAAAGCCCAAGAACCGCGCCUGGCGCCUUAAGCGCAUGGCCCGCGAAUACGAGGAGGAGGCUGCUCUCGUUGGUCCCACUCAACAAACCCGUCGCCAGGAGCAGGAGGCCAACCGUCUCGAGGAGGACUACGAGAUGUUCUUGCGUGAUGUCGAAGAAGAUCAAGAGCUAAGACAGACUCUGGACCUUUAUAAGGUUCAGAGACAGGCUGAUGCUAUGGUCGAGGACGAUGACAAUGAGAGUGAGAAUGAAGUUCCGCAGGUCAACAUGGAGGAGCUGCUUGAUACCUUUGAUGAGAUGAACAUGGGUGAUGAAUGA